AUGACUUUCCUCCAAGGGCAGUGUGAGGACGACUGCUACUCCCCCUGCAGCUACGGCAGCGUCUACACCUACCGCAGCUACGACUGCGGCAGCCCCUGCGGCUCCCGCAGCUACGGAGGUCUCUACGGCUCCCGCGGCCUCUGCGGCUUUGGGGAUCGCUAUGGCUGGGGUGGUCUCUACGGCUCCCGGAGCCUCUUUGGCUCUGGGGACUGCUAUGGCUACGGGGGGCUGUACAGUGGCUCCCGGAGCCUCCUGGGCUCUGGGGACUGCUAUGGCUACGGGGGGCUGUACGGUGGCUCCCGGAGCCUCUUUGGCUCUGGGGACUGCUAUGGCUACGGGGGGCUCUACUCCAGCCGCUACGGCUACCCCUUCAGCUCUCGCUACGGCCAGAGGUUCGGCUAUGGGGGCUGCUACUCCUGCUAG